UAUUAAAACGCAUUAAACAUUAAUCAAUACUAGGAGAGAUUCAUCUCCUUCCCGAUCCCCAAUUUCAGAAAAACAUCACCCAAUUGUCCGAAGUCCCAAAAUCCUACGACUAAAUAAUCCAAUGGCACAAGACAAUCCCACCCAACUCCCUCAAGUACUGCUUCUUCUCCCAAAUCCCUGCUUCACAGUCCUGGAGUCCAAAGCCUCUCACAAGUUCCACUUCCUCAAAGCCUGGGACUCCCCUCUCCCUCAGGCCCAGUUCCUCCAGUCCCACGCUCUCUCCACCCAGGUCCUCCUCUCCUCCGCCCUCGGACCCCCCAUCACCGCCCAGCUCCUCCAAUUACUUCCCUCCUUGAAGCUCCUAAUCACCCUCAGCGCAGGCCUUGACCAUGUUGACUUUUCCGCGUGUGCAGCACGCGGCGUGCGCAUUGCCAAUUCCUCUCCAAUCUUCGCUGCCGAUGUCGCUGACAUGGCUGUGGGGUUGUUUUUGGAUGUCAUGAGGAAGAUUUCGGCGGCUAAUCGGUUUGUCCGAGAUGGGUUUUGGGUUAGCAAAGGAGAUUUUGAUCUCGGUACUAAGAUAGGAGGGAAGCGAGUUGGUAUCGUUGGAUUGGGACAUAUUGGCUUACAAGUUGCUAAAAGACUUGAGGCAUUUGACUGCAAAAUCUUGUACUACUCAAGGAAGGAAAAACCAUAUGUUUCAUACCCUUUCUAUUUCGAUGUUUGUGAACUUGCAGCUAAUAGCGACGUGCUUGUCAUUUGCUGUGCGUUGACUGCUCAAACGCACCACAUGAUUAACAAGAAAAUCUUGUUGGCGUUGGGAAGAGAGGGAGUUAUUGUUAAUGUAGGGCGUGGAGCUAUUAUCGAUGAGAAGGAAAUGGUACAGUGUUUGGUACAAGGAGAGAUCAAAGGUGCAGGCUUGGAUGUGUUUGAGAAUGAGCCUCAAGUUCCGAAAGAGCUCUUUGGACUAGGUAAUGUUGUUUUGUCGCCACAUAAAGCUGCCAUGACAGCAGACUGUUUCACGGAUUUGACUGAUCUAGCAAUGGCGAAUUUGGAGGCAUUCUUCUCAAAUAAACCAUUGCUUUCUGAAGUGACGAAUGAUUGAAUAGAUUUCUAUUCACAGGUCAGUGCCUUGAUAAUUUUGUGUACCAACUUGCUUGCAAUACUUAGUUUUUUUGCUAUUAAGUUGGUACGAGCACUUUUCUGAGUGUACGCUGGGUACAAAUAGUUGAUACAAUGAAUAAGGCAACGAGAGAAGAGAAGGAUGAAGAAGUGUCAUAUUGCUAUUGGUAUUUAUUUGCAGACUUGUAUGAUUUACAACAAAUAAGGCGACGAGAUGAUAAUGACGGAUUGAUUAUUAUAUUCUCAAUCUGAUUUCAUACCUUGUGAAAUCCUAUAUAGCCUUGUAAUUUUUUUUAUCAAUGAAUCAACUUAAAUGUGUGUAGUUUACCACUCAAA